CUGUAUUAGAAGUCAACAAACGUUUAAAUUUAGCUACACAACCUUAUAGAUACAACAUUCAUCACAUGAUCCGAGAAUCGCUCAGCCAAAGGCGUCUAUUGUCAAAUACCUAGGAUCAUUUGAUCAAUCCGUCAUCAUGGAGCGAAAGACAUGGGUCAAGCUAGAGAACAAUCCGGAGGUGAUGAACCAGUUGGCACUCAAACUAGGACUGUCUUCCGAGCUAUCUUUCUACGAUGUCUGGUCACUGGACGAACCUGAGCUGUUGGCUCAUAUCCCUCGUCCGGUUCUGGCCCUGCUAGUCAUCUUUCCUCUUACCCCUGCUUGGGACAAGGAACGUCGAGAGGAGGACGCUGAAAAGGGUGACUACAAAGGCCACGGGCCGGAAGAGCCCGUAAUUUGGUUUAAGCAGACCAUCGGGCAUGCUUGCGGAUCGAUCGGAUUCCUGCACUGUGCCAUCAACGGCCCCGCCGCCCAGUAUAUUCGGCCGGACUCCGACCUGGAUAAGAUCCGGCAUGCCGCCAUUCCCCUCAGAAUGGAGGAGAGAGCCGAUAUGCUCUACAAUAGUGUCCCCUUCGAAGAAGCCCACAAGUCUUGUGUCCAUACUGGAGACACAGCUCCGAUUAACGAAGGCCAUCCUGGACAUUUCGUGGCAUUCGUCAAAGUCGACGGCAGACUUUGGGAGCUUGAGGGAUCGAGGAAGGGUCCGAUCGACCGGGGUGAGCUAGGAGACGAUGAGGACGUCCUCAGUCCAAAGGCCCUUGACCUGGGAAUUAAACGGACCAUUCGGCUUGAUCAGGAGGCUGGAGGUGAUGAUCUGCGAUUCAGUUGUAUCGCAUUGGCCCGCAAGACAUGAUGUCUCUCAGAAUAUGCAUGAAGUGGUUAAAAUCCAUGGAUUCUACACGCUUUGAGCAAUGGAGCCAGAACGGCUAUUAGUGUUGUUGGCAGGUCAUAAGCAUGGCUGGAUCUUCAAUUGUUUGAAGCAUGAAACUUACUUCCUCAU